CACCCAGCUUGAAUUUACAUUUUCUAUGGGUCCCGACUGAGUGUGCGUGUGUGUAUGCGUGUGUGCGCUGGAGCUAUUGAACAGUUCCGUAAGCUGAGAGUCGCGCGGACACACCUCAACCCCGAGAAGUGAUCGGGAGACUCCCUGAUGCGGCCUGAACCACUUUGUCAUUUUAAAAAUUAAACAACUUGACUUGGAGAAGUCGCGUCGGGGUCGACUUUGAGCGCAUGACUGUAGCCGACGGGACAGUGGAGAACGAACACGUUGAGGUUGUUGCGGGCCACAGCUACGUUUACUGGGGAGCAAGACCGAAGUAUUCACGGCAGUUUUCCACUUUGUGAGAAGAAUAGCAGAGGGAAACAUCAGCGUUCAUUAUUCCCAGUGUGUCUGUGGUCUCCGGCGAAGAUGUAACGGGGACUUAACGUGCAAGGCUCACAUAUGACAUUACACAUGGCAAUAUCUACACGCAAGUCUUCUAAAACAUAGAAGUACUCCUGUUUUUAGACUAUCACAGAAUUGCCUAUUUGUCUCGAAGGGCUUGGCAGUCUGCACAACACAAGGCUUGCGGUGUUUUUCUUAUUUGUCACCAUAGCCUACAAGUAAUAAUGUCAUGUUCACCCUUGGAAACGGGGCCUGUUUUUGAGACAAACAGCAUAAGAAGAGGCCACGCGCAAUGGAUGAGCUGUAUCUGAAUUCAUCAUUUAUCCGUGUGACCCUGGUCUAUCGCUGUCACCAGGGAGGAGUGUCAUGGCGGAGCCAGACUAUCUGGAGGGAGACUGUGAUGAGCUCAUCAAACCCAAGAAGCUGAUCAACCCAGUCAAGAACUCCCGUAACCAUCAGGACCUGCACCGAGAGCUGCUCAUGAACCAGAAGAGGGGCCUGGCUCCUCAGAACAAACCCGAGCUCCAGAAGGUUCUGGAGAAGAGGAAGAGGGAGCAAGUUCUUAAGGCUCAGAAGGAGGAGCAGGAGGCCCACAAGAAGAGGAGCGACCUGGAGAUAGAGCUUAUGAAAAGGCAGCAGAAACUAGAGCAGCAGGAGCUGGAGCAACAAAAAAUUGAGGAGGAACAGGAGAACACCCCCGAGUUUGUGAAGAUGAAAGGCAACCUGCGCAGGACCAAGCAGGAGACCGACGGGGAGGAGCGAACCACCUAAAACCAGCAGGGGUGUCCGGGUCUGGCUGAUUGUGCGCGUUGUUUGUGAGCACAGAGACGUCAGGAGUGUGUGUACAAAAGAGAGAGAGUUGUUGUCUGCGGUGCACGGUGGUGACCUGACCGUGGUCCGAGACGAACUUCCUGGCUUUCCCAACCUAGCUGUUCCUUCCUGCAGUGAGGAGAGAGACUUUACAGACUAAAGACCCCCCCUCUGUCUGCCUGCCACGGACCGCCAGCACUCACCUCUGCUCCUCCUAACACAGACAUGUUACAUGUUACACGCCUUUCAACGAGGGCAAGCGAGCUUCCAAUGAGCUCUGAUGGAGAAACAAGACAACCAAAACAACCACACACACACACACACACAGACACACACACACACACACACACAGGAGUUUUCAUCGCCUCUGUUUUCACUCCUCUCUCCACAGCAAGCUGUCGUUUCUCUUUACUGUUAUCAAUGUUGUUAUCGUUGCUGUUUUGUUUUUUUUUGUUGUUAUCAUCUUCAGUAUCAAAUAAGGAAAAGUGGACACUGGAUGGACUCUUGAAGCUGUGUAAUGUAAAAGCCAAACAAAUGUGCUUUUGUUAUUUAUGUUUGUAGCUUUUAGCCCAGUAUAGGGGGAGGACACUUUUAGUUGUUCUGUAUUUUAGUUUGUUUUACAGUAUAGUUUAUGAAGCCAGAACAGGACAAAGGGAGUGUAUGGUUCUGUGAAACACUCAAAUUUGCUUUAUUUUUUUUUAUUUUUUUUUUUUAUUUUAAACAUGCCAUUUCCUCAGCUAAUGCAAUUUUGAGCAAUAGUAGAACUCCCAGGCAUGAGAGUGACAUUUUCUUUAUAUAUUCUGUUGUUUUGUAUGAAUAAAAGUGUUACUUAAUAAGUAAUUUAAGUUUUUUUUCUAGGUUGGUCAGUAACAAUAAGCCGUGAGACCUGUCUGAUCAGUCCUUGUGUGCUUUUACCAACAAAGGAUUUGGUAGAAGCCGGGACGUAUAAUUUGAAGUGUACACUUGCAGGCCACCUGUCAUCUUGGGAUGACUGCAUGGCUCCAGAAACAACUGAUAUGGGUCCUAGAAAUUUAUCACUUCAGUAUUUUGUUUUCAUUAACAGUGGAGCCAUAGAUGUUCAGACAGGCCAUUUAAAUCAGUAAAUCUGAACUAAAGUGGGUGUUAACUGCAAAAAAUUUUAACUGGCAUGUGUGCCAGCACCACACACAAAUUCUAAAAUGGUUAGACAAUGUGAGAAACUGUGAUUACUUUGGAUGUUAAAGUGCACGUUUAGUGGUUAAAAAAAUCACACAAAAUAAUAUUAUGGGUCUAAAAUUCUGCUUUGUGGGUCUCUAAGAGAUGACAGCUAUUAUUACGAUGGGAAUUAGCAGAUUUACAACAUAACCUUGUUUUCCUCGCCAGAAUCUUCUUUUAAAUAAACAUGAUUUA